AUGUCUCACAGGAAGUUCGAGGCGCCUCGCCACGGCUCGCUGGCUUUCUUGCCACGAAAGCGCGCAUCCCGCCACAGAGGAAAGGUCAAGAGCUUCCCCAAGGAUGACCAGAAGCAGAAGCCUCACUUGACUGCUGCUAUGGGCUACAAGGCCGGCAUGACCACCAUCGUGCGCGACCUUGACCGUCCAGGUGCCAAGCUGCACAAGAAGGAGAUCGUCGAGGCCGUCACGGUCAUCGAAACUCCUCCGAUGGUCGUUGUUGGUCUGGUUGGCUACAUCGAGACUCCCCGCGGCCUGCGCUCGUUGACUACUGUCUGGGCUGAGCAUCUUUCCGACGAGGUCAAGCGCCGAUUCUACAAGAACUGGUACAAGAGCAAGAAGAAGGCUUUCACCAAGUACGCCAAGAAGCACGCUGAGGAGGGCGGCAAGAACAUCACCCGCGAUCUCGAGCGCAUCAAGAAGUACUGCACCGUCGUCCGCGUCCUCGCACACACUCAAAUCCACAAGACCCCUCUCAAGCAGAAGAAGGCACACCUUAUGGAGAUCCAGGUCAACGGUGGCUCCAUCGCCGACAAGGUCGAGUUCGGUCACGGCCUCUUCGAGAAGCCAGUGGAGAUCGACUCCGUCUUCGAGCAGGACGAGAUGAUCGACUGCAUCGCCGUCACCAAGGGUCACGGAUUCCAGGGUGUCACCAGCAGAUGGGGAACCAAGAAGCUUCCGCGCAAGACGCACAAGGGUCUCCGCAAGGUCGCUUGUAUCGGUGCAUGGCAUCCGUCCCACGUGCAGUGGACUGUCGCCCGUGCUGGUCAGAUGGGUUACCACCACCGUACAUCCGUCAACCACAAGGUCUACCGUGUUGGCAAGGGCACAGACGAGCGAAACGCCACCACCGAUUUCGACCACUCCAACAAGCAGAUCACUCCUAUGGGUGGUUUCGUCCGCUACGGUGAGGUCAAGAACGACUUCGUGCUCCUCAAGGGCUCUGUCCCAGGUGUCAAGAAGCGUGUCAUGACCCUCCGCAAGUCCAUGUUCAUCCACACAUCCCGCCGCGCACUCGAGAAGGUCGAACUCAAGUGGAUCGACACCUCCAGCAAGUUUGGUCACGGUGCUUACCAGACUGCUGCCGAGAAGAAGCAAUUCGUCGGUACCCUCAAGAAGGAUCUUGUCGCCUCAUCAUAA